CUGAGGCAAGGGAUCCAGGACUUCUAGUUCUUGUGCUUUCAAACAAAAUUGUGUUCUCCAAGUGCGUAAAUUCAGAUCCUAGCAGUGUUAACAGCAGGGAAGGACCAUGGAGGGGCUGAUGCGGUGUUUCCUGAUCUUGAUCAGCUUCUCUAAUGCUUUUGGCCAGCAAGACAUGUCUAAAACGGCCUUUGUAUUUCCCAAAGAGACGGCCGAUUCCUAUGUAUCCCUGGAAGCACAGUCAAGGAAACUACUGAAUGCCUUCACGGUGUGCCUCCACAUCUACACUGAUCUGAGCAAGAUCCGUGGCUUCAGCAUUUUCUCUUAUGCCUCCAAGAAAAACGCUAAUGACAUUCUCAUAUUUUGGUCUAAGGCUAAUGGGUAUCUUUUGGGAGUAGGUGGGCCUGAGGUAGUAUUCAAGGCUUCUGAAAUUCCUCAAGCCCCAGUACACAUCUGUGCUAGCUGGGAGUCUGCUACAGGGAUUGCAGAGUUCUGGGUGGAUGGGAAGCCCUGGGUCCGGAAAAGUCUGCAGAAGGGAUACACUGUGGGAACAGAUGCAAGCAUCAUCCUGGGACAGGAUCAGGACUCAUAUGGUGGUAGCUUUGAUGAAAACCAGUCUUUGGUCGGAGACAUUGGAGAUGUGAACAUGUGGGACUUCGUGCUGUCUCCAGAAGAGAUCAACAUGGUGUAUGUCGGUGGGACAGUUAGUCCUAAUGUCCUGAACUGGCAGGCUCUGAAGUAUAAAGCACAUGGUGAAGUGUUCAUCAAGCCCCAGCUAUGGUCCUGACCUACUGUUGUAUGUCCUGAGGUGCCUUCUGGGAUUACAGUCAAGCUCAUGUCUCUGGCUAUGGACCUUUUAACUCCAACAGUUGCUGUAGUUCUGCUCUGUGAACAUGGCCUUACACUUCCCUGAUCUGCCUUCCUCAGCAUCAGAGCACUGAAUUUAAGUGUAUGGCUUGGGAGCUUUCUAAUUACACUGGGAAUCUUUAGGAGAGUCAAAAUUGCACAUGUUUUUGUUUACAUUUAAAAAUUUUUUAAUUGAAAGAACGUUAGAUGUAAUCCCUCACGUUCACAUAGAUGGGAAAACUGACACAAAGAAAUGGGAAGUAAAUUUUUUUUUAAAGCCACAAGGCAAUUGUACAUCUUUGAGAUGGGAAAUGUAUGCUGAUCUUCUAGAUAAUUCCUUUCUCAGGACCCCCACCCCCAGAAGAUAAGAGGGACUUAUCCACAUUCACAGAGCUCUUCUGUCUCUGAGUUAGGACAUCGGCAAGGUCUUCUGGAUUCAGAGUUCGGAGUGCUCAUCACUACAUAAUGGGCCCAAAUUUUCUGAAAAGGGUGACUCAGCAUUGGGUUUCUUUCUGAGUUCAUGUUUUCUACUUUCCCAAAGAACUCUGAAAAGAAAGUCAAGAUUUCAGGAAUUUGGCAAAAUAAACCAAAUAGAUAUAGUUAUUUCAGUUGUUACUGGCAAGGACUUAUAUAACCAUGAUUUUAUUUGCUUACAGGGUUUAUUAAUUUUAUGGAUUUUUCUGGGAAACUCCCCACUCCAUGUGUGGGGCCAUGAGUUUUUUUUUCACCCCUACAUGUCUACAAUACCCAGACCUUAAAAGGAGGCAUAUGACACAACUGUCCUUGGGUUGUUUUGGUUGGUUACAUGUUGCUAGCAAGACAAAUUAUAGGCUUCCCAAGGAUUGUGCUAUGGACUUUGGGAGGGUCCAAUUCCAAUUUCUUUUGGAAUUCCAAACUGAGGGAUGUGAGUCUGGGACCACUACAUUGCUUGCCACACUGAGGGAGCUGAUGAGGAAUGAAGCCAUCCUGGGGCUGAAAGAGUUACGAGACUGACAGAGUGAUGGACCACUGACUACAUUAUAUCUCUGAAUCAGUUUUUUAUUUUUUUCUGGAACAAAAUCUACAUCUGAACUUCCAUGUCCAUGAAUCAAUAAAGCCAAUUUUGGCUUAAGUGAAUUUGA